CGGGCGGCGGCUCGCCGGGGCGGCAGGGGGACACCAUGUCCAAGCCGGUGGAUCACGUCAAGCGGCCGAUGAACGCCUUCAUGGUGUGGUCGCGGGCGCAGCGACGGAAGAUGGCCCAGGAGAACCCCAAGAUGCACAACUCGGAGAUCAGCAAGCGCCUGGGCGCCGAGUGGAAGCUGCUGACCGAGUCGGAGAAGCGGCCCUUCAUCGACGAGGCCAAGCGGCUGCGGGCCAUGCACAUGAAGGAGCACCCCGACUACAAGUACCGGCCGCGGCGGAAGCCCAAGACGCUGCUCAAGAAGGACAAGUUCGCCUUCCCCGUGCCCUACGGGCUGGGCGGCGUGGCGGACCACGAGCACCCGCACGGGCUGAAGGCGGGCGGGCUGCACGCUGGCGCGGCCGGCGGGCUGGUGCCCGAGUCGCUCCUGGCUAACCCCGAGAAGCCCAGCGCCUGGCCCGGCCCGGGGCUGCAGCCGCCGCUGGCCUACAUCCUCCUGCCGGGCAUGGGCAAGCCCCAGCUGGACCCUUAUCCCGCAGCCUACGCCGCCGCGCUAUGACCCGCGGCCGGGGGAUGCCCGCGCAGAGCUCCGGUGCCCGCCUGGAUGGCUGCCGGCGCACGCGUGCGGACGGGGAGCGGGGCCAGCCGCCGCCGGGGCCGCGGAGGGUGACCGGGCAGGCGAUGGGGGAGCGCCGGGACGGUGGCCGACCUGUUGCGCGUCCCCCGCCCGCUGCCCCGGGUAGACCUUGUGUGUGUUGCAUGCGGUCUGUGCAGAUAGCCCAGUUGAAACAGAAGAGGAAAAAAAAGGAAAGAAAAAAAAAAAAGAAAAAAAAAGAAAAUAACCUAUCCGUCCUGCCCCCUAAAGUGUGUGUUCGGGACAGACACGGGGGGUAACGCCUGUCC